UGGAGAAGUCCAGCAGUGAGAGUAAGCCAAGCCUGCUGCUGCUCUGCCUGCCUGACCCGGUUGCCAGUGCUGGCCUGCCUGACCCAGUUGCCAGUGCUGGCCCCACUCAUGGCACUUUGCACUUCCCAUUGAAAGCUGCCACGCUGGACGCCACAGCUUUGCACCACAAAAUCCCGGCCAUCGCCCUGCCGUCCUCAGAGCCCAGCGAUAGCCCAGAACUAGCCUGUGGAGCAGGCGUCCAUGAAGAGCACUAUGUAAGUGAGGCAACCAGUUUGGAGGAUGCUCCAAAUUGCAGAGAUGCUGGCACCAUUACUGAUGUGUGCAAUAGUACUGAUCUUCCAGAAGUUGAAAUCAUCAGUCUCCUGGAAGAGCAGCUCCCCCACUACAAGCUAAGAGCUGAUACAAUUUAUGGUUAUGACCACGAUGACUGGCUCCACACCCCGCUCAUUUCUCCUGAUGCCAAUAUUGACCUAACCACUGAACAAAUAGGGGAGACGCUAAAGUAUUUCCUUCUAUGUGCUGAAAGAGUGGGCCAGAUGACUAAAACAUACAAUGACAUAGAUGCUGUUACACGUCUGCUUGAAGAGAAAGAGCGGGAUUUAGAAUUAGCCGCACGCAUUGGUCAGUCACUGCUGAAGAAAAACAAAACACUCACAGAGAGAAAUUAUUUCCUCGAGGAGCAGGUGGAACACAUUCGGGAGGAGGUUUCUCAGCUGCGCCAUGACCUGUCAAUGAAAGAUGAGCUGCUUCAGUUUUAUACAAGUGUUGCAGAAGAAAGUGAAGCUGAUUCAGCCUGCUCAACUCCGAUAAGGCGGAAUGAGUCUUCGUCAGUCCAAAAUGACUUUCCCCAUGAUUCUCUGCAGAGGAAACUGAAGGACCUUGAAGAAGAGAAUGUUGCCCUUAGAUCAGAGGCUUGUCAUUUGAAGACUGAAACGAUCACUUACGAAGAGAAGGAGCAACAGCUUGUGAACGACUGUGUGAAGGAGCUAAGAGAUGCACAUGUUCAGAUCUCUUCCAUUGCUGAAGAGCUAGCCAAGAAAACUGAAGAUGCUGCCCGGCAACAGGAGGAGAUCACCCACCUCCUCUCCCAGAUAGUCGAUCUACAGAAGAAGUCUAAAUCAUACGCAGUAGAAAAUGAAGAACUUUCCCAACAUCUGGGGGCUGCUAAAGAUGCCCAGCGACAGCUCACGUCUGAGUUACGAGAGCUGGAAGACAAGUAUGCAGAGUGCAUGGAGAUGCUUCAUGAGGCGCAGGAAGAGCUGAAGAACCUGCGCAACAAGACUAUGCCCAACAGCACUCCCCGGCGCUACCAUUCGCUUGGGCUCUUCCCGAUGGACUCGCUGGCAGCUGAGAUUGAAGGCACCAUGCGAAAGGAACUUCAGCUGGACGAUCCCAUUGCUGAAGAGCAGAAGAUUCACCACAAGCGAGUGUUUGAGACAGUGAAGAACAUCAACCAGACCGUGAAGCAGAGAUCACUGGCUCCCUCUCCCAUGAACAUCCCCGGGUCUAACCAGUCCUCCUCUCUGAACUCGGCACUCUCCAGCUGCAUGAGCACACCACACUCCAGCUUCUAUGGAGGAGACAUCAGCAACAUUGUUAUAGACAACCGGACGAACAGCAUCAUCCUGGAGACAGAGUCGCCUGAUGGCAGUGAAGACAUGAACAAGAAGCCAGGGACCCCGGGGACACCAGGCUCCCAUGACUUGGAGACUGCUCUGAGAAGACUGUCCCUACGGCGUGAGAACUACCUGAGUGAGCGGCGCUUCUUCGUGGAGGACCGUGAGAGGAAGCUACGUGACCUGGCUGAGAAGGGCGAGCUGUACAGUGGCUCCCUCACCCCCACCGACAGCAUCAUGUCACUCAGCACCUACCACUCAGGCCUGUCAGGACUCUCCUUCGUCAGCCGCUCCUACUUGCCUGAGAAGCUGCAGAUCGUCAAGCCUCUCGAAGGUUCAGCCACUCUGCAUCACUGGCAGCAGCUGGCCCAGCCCAAUCUGGGGGGGAUCCUAGAUUCGAGGCCUGGUGUGGUCACCAAAGGCUUCAGGCCUCUGGAGCUCGACCUGGAAGAGGUGUACCAGCUUGCAGACUUUGAGGAAGACGAGUCAGGUGACCUUUCUUUCCAGGAACUACCUACCUCAAUCCCUGCUCAGCACAUGGAGACCUCAGGUGAGAGGUCGCGAGGGGAGCAAGUAACUGUUACAGAGAGCGGCACUUUCCCCAACCAGGCCCAGCUUGACGUCGUGGAGACACAGGAGCAGAAGGCUGCUGAUGGUGAGGUGUCUGUUUAUCAUCCUGGUAAAUGUAUGUCCCACACCAGCUCCACCUACACUUUCACCACCUGCCGAAUCCUGCACCCCUCUGAUGAGCUCACUCGAGUUACUCCAAGCUUUAGCAUGGGACCCACUACCACUUGCGUUAGCAUGAACAGCCUGAAAUCUACUCCUGUAGCCAGCCCAUGCACUCCUCGACGCUUAAGCCUUGCUGAAUCCUUCACUAACCUGCGGGACUCCACCAAGACCAUGAGCACCUCCUUGGGACUGGUCCGGAUGCUGCAGGAGAGGGGCAUCUCAGCCGCUGUCUACAAUCCUUGGAGCUGGGACCGAGCGGACUCCCCCCUCCUCACCCCCUGUGCACCCAGAGCCGAUGUUCUUCCCUCCACCCCACCCAACUCCCCCACUAUGCAGCACCAGACUGGGCCCCCUUUUGAAUUCAAGGGUUCCAGCCCCCUCUAUGACAACUUCUUGGCUUCCAAGCCAGCCAGCUCCAUUCUGAAAGAGGUGAGGGCUGAAAGCAAGAGCAGCUGCAACAGCGAGUGCCAGACAGACGUCAGCGUCUACAACCUGAACCUGGUGGACAAGCUCAAAAGGUUUGGGAUUGCAAGAGUAGUCAGCCCAGGGGGAACUCCACAGUCCCCAGUAGUGACAGACAUGCCAAGACCUUUUCUCAGUGGGACUCACCGAUCGGUGCCAACCUUCAGGACCGGAGGCCUGGGGAGAGAAGGCCUGCCUUUAGGCUCCCCUGUCGUGGUCACCAGUGCCAUCGGGGGGCUUCAACUGAAUGCUGGCAUCCGACGCAAUCACAGCUUCCCUGCCAUGGUGGGGGCCAGCAUGCAGAUGAAGGGCCCUAUGCCUCAAAGUUCAGGAAUAUUAAUGGGUCCCAAGCUGCCCAAACAGACCAGCCUCCGAUAACAGACUUUCUGUAAGAUAUUUUACUCUGGCCUCUUUUUAUAUUUUAAUCUGGUGUUUGGCACCUGUUAGGAGUAGAACAUAUAUACAUUAGGGUGGUCCUUACUUUUGAAAAUCACAAAUCUCACGCUCUCAUCCCCUCAAUUUAUCACAUUUCACUAGAAAACAAUACUUGAUUUUCAAGGAAAUCAAAAUUUAUUUACUGGUGCCUCACAGGGGUCAAAAGUCAAUCACAAAACUUUUCUGAACAAAUUGUUUUUAGAACAAUAUAGAACUCAUUUAACAGGGGUUUAAAAGUUGAUAUAAAUGGCACUGAAAUGAGGCUUAUGUUUGUGAAUUAAUUGUUUUUCAGAAGUGGAUGAAUACCAAAUUUGUACUCUAGGGCUGAAAUCACAGUAGACUUAUUGGAAUCAGGGCACAGCUUCCGAUACUGAGAGACAGUGGAGCAAGAACUGCUUUUGUUUCUCAUUGCAAGUUAGGUGGUCAAUAAACUCUUGAAUCAGAGCCACGCCUCUCUGUGCAGUGUCAUUGACCACCUUCAGUCCCUUGACAGUUUUCAGGGCCGCUUCAUAGUCACUGUCCUAAAGCCAGACCUCUGGAUCCUUGUGGAGGAAGCGUUCAGGGAGAACCAAGGCAUUGAAGAAGCCUUUAGUCUGUUGACUGAUGAAUGCACUGGGUUCCUGGUCACUCCAAGAUCAGAAAGCUGCAGCUUGAUCCUCUUUGGUGGAUCCUCUGUUCCUUUGACCUCCUCUAGUGCUUGCAGCAUGGCUCUUUUCUCAUCGAGAGGGCCCAGUGGGUCAGAGAACGCUAGGCCAAUCAGCUCCUCACUCAAGUACCACAUGCGUAAUAAUUUCUGUAUGGCACCAGCAGGGACACCCUUGUUCAUGUUGGAGUACUUCUGAAGCUUUUCCAAGAACUUCAGACCAUUCAGUUGGGUGGAAGUAGCUGUGGGGGCAGAGAGCCAGGUUUGGAUGUAGCCCCCUACAAUGAUGGAGCAAAGGAGUUCAUGAAGUCCAUUCUCGUUUUGCUGUGACUUUGAAUAAUCCGCCAUCUUCCUUUGCCCAACCGAACAUGAAGAUCUUGAAGCCAUA